UUGUAUUAGUUUUUUUGUUUACGCCAAACAGUGUAGUUCAAGCAAAAGCUGUCAGGAGUAGAGAAUACGGACUUGCGACAUGAGUGUGGCCAGAAGAGGCGUUCCAAUCACGGACCUGGACCAGAGCGAACAGGAGCCAGAGAAGGAGCACGAGCAGGUGCAGGAGCAGCUGAGGCCAGCGAGACAGCCAAAACGACAGCGCAAAGUGUUGCAAACGUUGACGGGCAAUUUCAGUCGCAGAUCACGCAGCGUCGAGGUGGAGCAUCGCCACCCGGCAGACGUGAGCGGUAGCAGCGCCAAGAAGAAGCAGCAAAAUCAGGAGCGUACUCUGAAUGGACUGCUACAGGCCAAGGAACAGCAACUGGAGCAGCUACUGCAGCGUCUGUCCACACUUCACAAAUAUAACGAGCAGUUCGCUAGGGAGAACGAGCAGCUGCGCGAGCAGAGCGAGCAGCUGGAACAGCGUCUGCGUCAGGCAGAGCAGCGCGUGGCCAGCUGCGAACGUUGUCAGCAGCUGCAACAGCAACAGAAUCACCUGGUUAAACAGAACCAGGAGCUGGGCAACGAUGUGGAUAUGCUGAAGACCUUGGUCUUCCGACUGAAUGUACAAAUCGAAUGCUAUCAGGAUCAGCGGCGCACAGCGCAGGCAGAAGACGCACCUCUGGGCAACUCAGUCAACAGUUCCUCACUUCCUCCGUUUCCCGCUCAGCUAGCCAGGCAUACCUUGACACCCUUGCUUCAGGCCUAUGACGAGUCCUUGAGAGACAAGGAUGCGCUGCUUAACCAAUAUGUAGCCGACUUCGAGCUGUUCUCCAACGAGUUGAAGCGGGCGCUGGAGGAGAAUACGAAGUUGCUACAAACUCAGGAGCAGCUUCGUCGGGAUGUGGGCGGCUGGCAAGAAGAACGCGUGCGUCUGCAAGCGCAGCUGAGCGUGUGCCGAAGCAAAGCCGAAACACAGACACGCAAAACAGAUCUGGUUAAGGAGAAGUUGGUGGAGGUGAUGCACUUCUAUGAGCAACGCAAUCAGACGUUGCUCCUGGACAUGAAUCAUCUGCAGGAUGCGUUUGCACGGUGCAAAGCGGAGCUAGUUUCCUUGAAGAGUCCAACUCCAGCUCCUGUGCCUGUGACUGUAGAUGCAAAUACAGCUGAGCUGCAGCAGUGUAAGGCUCUGCUCGAGCAGCUCAAGCAGGAGCAUGCCAAGGAGCGCGCUUCACUUGAGGCAGAGCAGCAGGCGAGCAGUACGCGCGUUGCCGCUCUCCAACGCAGCUGUGAGAAGGCAAAGCAUGCUAGGGACCGUCUCAAGGCUCGCCUGCGUAUGACCCUCCAAUGGGCACAGAAAUUGGAGGCUGGUCAGGUGGAGCUGCGCGAGACCUAUGAUGCUGUGCAGCAGCUGUCGACGCUGCUAAAGCACAAGGAGUCACAACUGCGUGGCUUGCACCUGCGCAACACCGAGGAGCUGGACAAGCUGCGGUACAAGCUCCAGCAAAAAGAUGAAACCAUACGAAAUCUGCUGCGCAGCAAGAUGGAGAGGAGACCCGCCGUGGACUAGCCCGCAACUGCAUCUAAAAGUAUCUUGAGUUUAACAAUUAA